GUAAAGAAAAUAAACCCGGAGUGUUGUUAGUUUGUAACCGGAAAUGUUUUACACAAGGAACUGAUGUUCAUCAUUGACCGCUCUGCUUGAUAAUAUACGCACGUGUUUAAGGUUCUGUAAUUUUGAGUGAAACGUUUUGGGAUUCUGUUUUAGCAAAAAAAGGGAGAUUCUGUUCGUAAUUUAGGCGUUAAAGUCAUGGGUCGAUUGAGGAGAAGAUAUAAUCAGAAAGGUCGACAACAGCUGGAGAUUGCCAUUAAUAAAACAGAACAGGAAAAGAUACAACUUGAUCUUCCUGUACAAAGUCAGCAAACUUCCUACGACGACAGCAAUGCCCUCGUCCUACCAUCGGAAAAACGGAAAACGAAAAAGAUAGCAGCUAAAAAGGAGACCAAAGUAGUAAUCUCGAAGAAACUACGAAAGAAACUACUGAAGAUAGUUGAGAAAAAGAAGAGAAAAAUAAAGAGAUCGGAUCUGAUAGCAGCACUAGCAAGCGUCCAGGCCAGUUCUUCAGAGAUUGAUAUUUUGAAACACUCCAACAAGAAAAAAGCUAAAACCAAACAGAAACCUGACAGAGGCGGGAGCACUGACGGUGCACCGGGUGACGUCAGGUCAGGAUCUGACCCCAAGGGACAACAAAAGCUGAAAGAAGAGGAGGAAGAAGAAAACGAGGAGGUGGAGGAGGAAGAAGACGAGAAGGAAGAGGAAGAAAACGAGAGUGAAUCUGAACAUUCUGUGUGCAACAGUGAUGAAGAAGAUGGGGAGGAGGAAGAGUCUGAUGCUGAAAAGACUCCUCUGGAAACAUCGAAAGGAUUGGGUGUAGCUGAUGGAAACAAAAAGAGAAAAAAUAAUCCAGACCCGGAGAAGAAUGUCGAAGACUCGGGUGAUUCAAAAGACAUCAAAAGGCAGAAAGUAUCUGAAGAUGGUUCCAUUGACUCUGAAGCAAAAACUGAGCAAGGUGUCCAGCAGAAUGGUGUCUCUGCUAAAACGUCUGCCGCCAUGAAGCCAAGAAAAGUGGUUUUUAUUCCUGUCGACAGAAAACCAGAGAUGCAGGAAUCCCGUCUCAAGCUGCCAAUCUUAAGUGAAGAACAACAGGUGAUGGAAGCAAUCCAUGAGAACCCUGUCGUCCUUGUAGUUGGGGACACAGGGUCAGGCAAGACCACUCAAGUACCCCAAUUCUUAUAUGAGGCUGGCUAUGCCCACAAUGGUGGUAUAAUAGGAAUCACUGAACCACGCCGUGUAGCAGCGAUCAGCAUGUCCAAUCGCGUUGCCAGUGAAAUGAAUUUGUCUUCAGAGGUGGUCUCCUAUCAGAUCAGGUACGAAGGGAACACAACACCCAAGACAAAGCUGAAGUUUAUGACUGAUGGUGUUCUAUUCAAGGAGAUUCAGCAGGACUUCCUGCUGUCCAAGUACAGUGUUAUUAUUUUGGAUGAAGCCCACGAACGUACAGUUUAUACAGACAUACUCAUUGGGCUCCUAUCUAGGGUUGUCCCUGUCAGACAGAAGCGCAAGAACCCUUUGAGGUUAAUUGUCAUGUCGGCCACACUUCGGUUAAAUGACUUUAUCGAAAACCACAGAUUAUUCAAAGUCACGCCGCCAGUCAUCAAAAUAGAUUCUCGACAGUUUCCUGUGACGAUUCACUUCAACAAACAUACUCCUGUAGAUAACUACCUUGUUGAUGUUUACCGUAAGGCUUGUAAAAUUCAUCUUGAACUGCCGGAAGGAGGCAUUUUAAUAUUCGUCACCAGCCAACAGGAAGUACGAACUCUCUGCCAUUAUUUGAAGCACCGUUUUCCCUACAAUUCUGGUAAAACUGAAAAACCCUUAAAACCAAAAUUCCUUCAACGAAAAAAACAGAAGAACUCAAAGGAUGAGAAGCUUCCAGACAUUAGUUUAAACAAUUAUUCCAUUUAUCCGGAGAAGAAAGAGGUUGGAUUAGUGGAAGAUAAUGAAGGGGAUGUCGAUCUCUCUGAUGGCUUUGCAGAAGUUGAUGACGACGAUGUGAUGGCUGAUAUAUCGACUGAGCCAGAUCUUGGGUCCGUUGCUGUUGAGCCCUUGUAUGUGUUACCAAUGUAUUCCCUUUUACCUGGACACAAGCAGGCACGCGUAUUCCAGCCUCCGCCAAAGAACUGUCGUCUUUGUGUUGUAUCCACCAACGUAGCAGAGACCUCCAUCACCAUCCCCGACAUCAAAUAUGUUGUUGACUCUGGCAAGGUGAAGACAAAGUACUGUGAUAAAGUAACUGGAGCUUCAAUAUUCAAGGUGACCUGGACUUCGAAGGCUUCUGCAAGUCAGCGAGCAGGGCGGGCAGGGCGUGUUGGCCCUGGUCAUUGUUACAGAUUAUAUUCCUCUGCUGUCUACAACGAUGACUUUAUUGAUUACUCAGAGCCAGAAAUUCUUCGUCGACCACUUGAGGACAUCAUCUUACAAAUGAGGUUUUUGGGGAUUGACAAGGUGUUAAACUUCCCAUAUCCCACGUCUCCAGAUAAGAAACAGAUCAUUGCAGCAGAAAAGCUGUUGACCAUUCUUGGUGCAUUGACGAAACCGAAAACACCAAAAACAUUUAAAGAAAUGAAAAAAUUACCUCCUGGAGAAUUGACCAGCAUCGGCAAGAGUAUGGCAAAAUUACCAAUUUCUCCACGCUAUGCAAAGAUGCUGGUGUUGGCGCAGCAGCAUCACUUGAUGCCAUACGUCAUAGCAAUGGUAUCUGGUCUGACAGUGCAAGAAUUAUUCUUACCAGUUCCUAAGACUGUAAAAGAUGCUUCUGAUUCUUCACAGAAGCAGCAAAACUUUGCAGCCAAUGCCAGAUUACUUUGGUCAGGAACGGGUCACUCACAAAUGCUUGGAGACCCUAUGUUGCUGCUGAAGUCAAUAGGGGCUUGUGAAUUUGAUGGCAACAUUGAAGUAUUCUGUGAGAAGUUUAGUGUUCGACUGAAAGCCAUGAGGGAGAUUCGGAAAUUGCGAUUGCAGCUGACCAACACAGUCAACCUUGCCGUUCCUGGUCUACAGCUGUGUAUUGAUCCAAAGAUGUCACCCCCUACUGACGCCCAUGCCAAGUUGCUGCGACAGAUCUUGCUUGCUGGAAUGGCAGACCACGUUGCCAGGCGUAUAGACAGUCUUCCAGAGGAUUGGCCAGCAGAGAAGAAAAAAGAAAUGAAAUAUGCUUAUGAGACCUUAGACUCCAAUGACCCUGUGUGGAUCCACCCAGAAUCCAUUCUUCACAAGAAACGGCCCCAAUAUGUUGUCUACCAGUUUGUUCACGAAACAGCGAAACCCUACAUGAAAAUUGUUGCUGGUGUCGAGGCACAGUGGUUCCCAUUGAUAUUACCGAAUCUGUGCCAGUUUUCCAAACCCGAAGAAUCUCCGGCGCCAAGAUUUGAUCCAAAGACAGGAAAAGUUUUCUGUCACAUGUCUGGAACUUUUGGCCCCAAGUGCUGGCCAUUUGACAUUCUUGAACUCGAGUUUCCGAAAGGUUCCGAUCUUUAUAAAUGGUUCGGCAGGUUCUUUCUUGAAGGCGAAGUCUGUCCUGCAUUGAAAAAGUUUGUCCCUCAUAUGAAAGAUCCGCCCUGUGUGAUGGUAAAAUACUGGUCCAGGCUAAAACCAGAAACAGAGAAACUAGUGAGAUGCCUUCUGGCUGCAGAUGUCGAUGACAAGAAGUCGCUAACAGACGAAUGGUCGAAGAAUAAGACUUAUCUUCUAGCAGAAUACUUGAAAUGGUUACCUGAGGAACAACAUGCCGCAGUAAAAGAACUAUGGCCACCAGUCUAAUUGCUUCCUUUGUUAGCAUCACUAACGAUCAUUUUUAAUGUAAAAAGUCAUUGACUAAAAGAUAAAUAUAUAUUUAUUUAUAUUUCUAAA